AUGCAGAGACACAAGGAACCUUUGAAAUUUUCUGAAAGUCCACACGAAGGAGCGAAACAUUAUCAGUCUCCAGUACUUGCAGCUCAGAGACCAUUCUUGGCAUCGAGCAUCUCAGCUGAUCUGCUAAGUGCACAGUGGGUAAGACAUUGUAGGGUGAGCCAGUUAACUGGAAAACCCCCAGAAAAAGCCGAUUUUUUUUAAACGAAAAUUGAAACAAAAUGGCAGCUUGUCAAAAAAAGGUGCUAGUAAAAUGUUUUAAUGUUGAUCUAACUUUUAAAUGUUAAACGAGGCCCACCAAGGGGUUAUGAUGUGCAGGUGACAUUCCUUAAAAAGAGAUUUAUAUACAGGCUAUAAAAAAAGAGCGACAAUUAAACAACAGCUUCUGACUUGGAAAAAGCAACAAAUAGACCUUACCCAGACCUGCCAAGUCUCACAAUUAAAUCGUGAGACUCACAAUUUUUUAUGCUUUCUCACAAUCUCACAAUUUUUUAUGCUUUCUCACGAUCUCAUGAUUAAGUCCCCAAAUCUCACGAUUUUCGGAACUUAUGAAAUCAUCGAAGAGCGCAACAUCUAGUUACAAUUAGGCACACUUUUCCAAGGAAACAUCACACUUUAUUAGUGUAUUAAUAAUGUGUAAUGUACAACGCCAGAAUUUUGUAUGUGUGAUGUUUGUGUUACAAAGUAAAAGGUGUGUCCUGGUAAGUUUAUUGUCCUGCUAGUUCUAAUAUUACUCGUAGUUUUCUUGUUUUUAUACAGUGGAAAUUACGAAAGCCAUAAAGAAAAAACAGCCUAUUUUUAAUAAGCCUUGCAUUUACGGUUAUAUAUUAAAGGUGAUGUAAAGUCCGUAAUGUAAACAAACGCUUUGUUUACAUUUUGAACUCAGUGCUACAGUUGUAAAAUAUGAUUAGAUAUAUAUUAUACUGAAUUUUUAACACUCUUCCGGUUUGCUAUGCUUGUAAAUGAAUGCAGACUAGAGAUUCAAUUCAAGAAAGUUUGGAAGGUGCGAAAUAUUAAGAACAUUCCAAAGGUUGCUCCCCCACUGAUGGAAUGUGUUGAUGCGCAGAAUAUAUGCACAGAACGGACUUUACAGCAUAUUUAACAAAAUAUAAAUGCAUACUAUCAUAAAAUUGAAUAUCUAUUGUCAAUAGACUAUUGAUAUAUUAAUGAGCAAACCUGAAAAUUUCUAAUUCUCAUGAUUUUUCAGUCAAUAUCUCACUACAUUUUUGAUAGCAACUCGCUAUUUCUGCUACUCAAGGGUUGGCAUGUCUGCCUUACCGAUUAUUCACCUCUUACCCAAUGGCCUUGUUUCCAUGUUAACUUAUUAACUUAACUACUAUUUAAUUAGCAUGUCAGGGGCACAUAAAGAUUAUAUUCCCAUGUUUUCCUGGACAGAUUUGUUUCUUGCUGUUCUUAGGACAAAACAUGAGUAAGUAUUUGACAUGAAAACGUGGCCAUUGGGUAAAAGAAAAUUAUUGGUGAGGUCUAUUUUGAUUUGUAUUAUGGGUAAAAAAUGAAGCAAAAUUUAUUGCAAUAAAACAAAUGACAAAUCAGCUACAAAAUGAGUGACAAGCAACCUGAGUUACAUCUCGUUUGAAGUAAAGUUUUGAACAUGUAGCUUUGAACGUAAAGUUUUGAACGUGAAGUUUAAUCUAACUGUAGUGUAUUUUGAAUUAUUUUUUUUCUGAACUGGCUCACUCUAUAUAUGUCUUCAUAAUUUUAUUUAGGUUUCUCCACAAUUUCAAAAUGAAAAUGAAAGUUGUAUAAACCCAGAUGCUGGAAAUAAAAGGCGAAGAGGAGCAAGGGCAGGCUGCAAGAGAACUAAUACAAAGAAAACGAAUAAAGAAAUUGUGAAAAUUAAAGAAAAUAAUUUAUUUCCUCCAUUAGACUUUCCAAGCAAUACAAAUGAAAUGUUUAAGUACCCUAACCAACAGAGCGAAGAUAAGGUUCCAGUACCACGCAGAAGUUUGAAGCGGAAAAAGACUUCACAACCUUUAAAUGAUGUUACGCUGGUCGACCAACAACAAACACAUAUUAACAUGGAAAAAAAUCAAUUCCUUUUAAGUUUGGGAAGCCCCAAACCUUCAACAGUUUUGGGUGAAAUACUUGUGCACGAAACUCCAGAAAAUCAGAUGUUUGGGACGAGAAUGUUAGAUAGAAGACUAAGACCUAGAAAUUAG